UAAGACUGCUGAGGGGUAUGGAGCUGCAGGGCGCAGCAGAGGAAGAGGGGGUUGGAAAGGCCGAGGCCGUGGGAGAAGCUUUGGCAGAGGUAGAGGCCGAGGUUAAGGGAGCUAAUGGGGAGCUUGUGGGGCUUGGGAAUGUUCUGCUGGUUGAAGGCUUGUCUGCUAACCUUCUCUCUGUGCAACGACUGCAGAAGAGCAAGGCCGAAGUGACCUUUGGACCAACCAGCUGCCGUGCUAAGCUUGGGAAGAAGGUGCUGUGGAGUCUGGAAGAGGAGACCAGCUGCAUCAAGGACCUGUGGCAGCUGCCCAUCAUCCCAUGGAAUGGGAAGACUCCAACAGCAGCAACGGCAGCAGUGGCAAAGGCAACAGCAGGAGGAGAUGCAACUGCACCAACUGAUGGGGUGCUGGAAGCAGUCAAGAAAGUGCAGAAGCAGCAGACACAUGGUGAGAAGUUGGUGAAGAAUGGGAGCCUGAAGGGCUUGGAGGUGAAAGGGGAAGUGAAGGAGAUUGGGAGCUGCCCUACAUGCUUGGAGACCAAGUUCUCCAAGUUCCCCUUCAACAGUGCAACUGGACCAGCCAAGACCCCACUUGCACUUGUGCACAUGGAUGUGGUGGGGCCCACAAGAGCCCCUUCCCUCUCAGGCAGCCGCUAUUUCUUGACAAUUGUGGAUGACCACACUCGGGCAGUGUGGGUUUACCCUUUGAAGAGCAAGGGGGAGGUGGCAGCGGCUGUCCUUAAGGAGUGGAUGCCGAGAGCUCAGAGGGAAUGUGGACACAAGGUGAAGGUGAUCCGCAGUGACAAUGGUGGGGAGUUCAUUGGAGCUGAUUUUGAGGGGGAGUUGAAGAGGAAGGGGAUCCAGCAUCAACUGACAGCCUUGAAUGGACCAAAUGGGGAGAAGUGGAAGGCGAGUGAGGAUGAGGAGUUCGGGUCCCUGAUUGAAAACGAGACAUGGGACCUGUGUGACUUGCCUCCUGGAAAGAAGGCAAUCACUUCCAAGAUGAUCUACAGGCACAAGUAUGGACCUGAAGGGGAGCUGACCCGCUACAAGUCUAGGCUUGUGGCACGGGGGUUUCAGCAGACAAAGGGGAAGGACUAUGAUGAGGUGUUUGCUCCUGUGGGGAAAGGAACAACACUGAGGGUGCUGUUAGCGAUAGCUGCACUCCUGGGAUGGAAGAUACGGCAGAUGGACAUUGUGACAAUGAGUCCGCUGUGAAGCUCGCCAAGAAUGCUUCCAGAGGGGGAGAUUGUUGUGUGAUGUCAUCAUAUGCUAUCACAUUCUGUCUGCCUCCCAUCCCAUGUUUUUUCAACUUGCAUGUGUGGUUUGAAUGUGCAAGCAUUUGUGUGUGGUGUGUUCUGGAGUUUGGGAAUGUGUUUUGUGU